UCCAUAUAUAUUUGAUCUAUUGCGUUGCUACAAAGUCUUUAUAAACAAAACACACACACACACACACACAAAAAUUAGUGAACAAGAUUAUGAAGAUAAUACUGUUAAGGAUCAUCGUCGUCUUCUUUUUUGUUCUACCAAUUUAUUCAGCCAUAUUAUCAGACAACCCUUUAGUUGAAUUUUCUAACGGAGAAGAGUUGGGAAAGAUGGCUGGUUAUGGAGAAGAAAAACUCUCUACUGUUAUCAUCCAUGGUACUCUUCUUUGUCAUCAUCAUCAAUCUUGCGCAGAUAUAAUAGACACACACCUUCCUCCACAUCCCGUUUCAGGAGCAAAUGUGGCUGUCUUUUGUGGAACUAGUGAGGGAAAGGUGAGGGGAUCGUCAUGGUCCAAAAAUAUAACAAAUGAAAGUGGAAAGUUCGUAAUAGAUCUCCCUUCUCAUCUCCAUUCUAUUCCUAAUUUGGAAAACACAUGCAAGAUUCAACUUCUUCAUUUGCCAAAGGACUCCCUUUGUCGUCGUCAUUCUUUUACAAGGAAACAGUACAAGAGAUCAAUCAAACUAACAUCUAUAGGAGAUGGCAUACGCAUUUACACGACUCAUAAGAUCCAGUUAAUUACCCCUAAAGCUUCACAAGCAGGAUGCACUAACAAAUUUCACAACAAGAAGAGAUUGUUAUAAGAAUGUCUCAUCUUUUUUCGGGACACAAAAAGAACAACAAGAAAAAAGAGGUUGAUUAAAUCUGUACACAAUUUAAUUCCUUGUGAUGGCGCUUCAGUCACACAUUGAGUUGAAGUCAUGUUCUUACGUACCAUGUACAAUUUUGUAUAAUUAAGCUUAUUUAUAAGUAACUUAAUUAUGUGUGUGUGUGAGAGAGAGAAUUAUCUCCGUGUAACUCCAUUAGUGAUAUUAUAUGUAUCUAAAUCCGUUUUAGGUCA